AUGGCGAAAAAAGGUAAAGCUAAGAUUAGUAAAAUUAAACGAAAUAAUCAAACAACUAAUAAAAUGAAGAAACAAGGGAAAUUAAAGCUUCAACGUCAUAGACAAAAAAUACAAAAACAUAAGCAACCAAUUCAAACACAGCCUGAAUAUAGUAGCGAAAGCGAAUCUUCCAGUAAUGAAUGGGCUGAUAUGUUGGAUGAAGAAGAACAGCAAUAUAUAGCUAAAAGACUCGCAAAGCAACCACAAUUAUUAUCAAAUGUACCAGAAGAAGAAACAAAACAGGGAUCUAAACGCAAAAGAAAGGAGAAAGCACCUAAGUCUAUGAAACAACAAAACUUAGAUAUGAACAAUGAUAGCAAUUCUGAUAGUGAUACAGAGAAUAGUGACAUGGAAGAAAAAUAUGAACACGAGUUAGCACAAAGACCAACUAAAAAACUAAGACCUUUGCUUCCUAUUAAAACAAAAGAUGGAGUACAGGAAAGAGCCGAAGAGUGUGAAGAAUCUGAAUCGGACCAAGAAAAUGACAGUCAAAUUAAAGAAAAUCGAAAUGAUGGAGAGGAUUCAAAAUCUGAUGAAUCUGAUGUAGAAGAUAAUGCAGAGCCCGAUCAACCGAAGCCAGAUAAUAAUGAAGUUACUACAGUAGAGUUGCUGGCUGCAAGGCGAGAUAGAUUAAGACAUGAGAAGCUUAGAAUUGGAGCACUAUGUUCUUCAUUAUUAGAAAGUCCUGAGAAAAAGCUAAAAAAUCUAUUCCCAAUAUUAUAUCUCAUGGAAGAAAAGCUUAAAGAUGGCACACUAAAUCUUAUGUCAGUAAGGAAACUGGCAACAUUGUCCGCUGCGGAGGUAUUCCGGGAUAUAAUACCAGACUACAAGAUAAGACACCAAGACUAUACAGAUAUCAAAUUAAAAAAGGACACAUUAGCUUUGUAUAAAUAUGAAAAAGAAUUGUUGGAGUUCUACAAAAGGUAUUUGCAGAGGCUGGAAAAGGCUACAAAUGUUCUUAGAGGCAAGAAAGGUGAUAAUCGCAAGCCAGACGAGUCCCAGAUGAGCCUAGCUCUGGUGUCACUCCGCAGCAUGUGCAGCAUGCUGGCCGCGCGCCCCAACUUCAACUACGCCACCAACAUAGCGCAGAGCGUGGUGCCUCUCCUCGGCUGCAGGCUGCCGGAGGCCAGGGAGGAGGUUACAGCCUGCUGCGAACAGCUGUUCAAGGAGGAUAGCAAGGGAGAGAUCACUCUCACUAUCGUGCGGCUCAUCAACCAGCUGGUGAAGCGUCGGGGCGAGCGCCUUCCGCCGCAAGCGCUGGACUGCCUGCUGGCGCUGGACCUUCGCGGCGUGGACCUGGACCGCGACGCCGAUCUACGCCAUAAGAAGAAACAAGAAGAGAAGCACAAGAAGAGGAUCAUCAACCUGUCCAAGAAGGAAAAGAAGAGGGCAAAGAAACUUAAAGAAGUAGAGCGUGAACUCCUAGAGACGCAAGCACAGGAGAGUCAGGUGGCGCGGCAGAAGAUCCUCACAGAAGUUACCAAGACUGUCUUCCACAUAUACUUCAGGUUGCUGAAGAGUGCUCCGAAGUCUGGACUAUUGUCUGCUGCCUUGAAUGGACUGGCCAAGUUCACCCAUGUGAUCAACAUGGAGUACUACUCGGACCUGGUGUCCAUCCUGUCCCGGCUGCUGCGCGACGCGCGCGUGGGGCGGCGCCCGCGCCUGCAGUGCGCGCGCGCCGCGCUGGCGCUGCUGGCGGGCGCCGGCGACGCGCUCAACGUGGACCCCGCCGUCUUCCAUGACUACGUGUACGCUAGCGUGCUGGACUGCCAUGCUGGGAGCACGGCGGAGGACGCGCCGGUCCUGGUGGAGGCGCUGUGGGCGGUGGGCGCGCGCGCGCGGCGCGUGUCGGCGGGCGUGCUGCGCGCGCUGGGCAAGCGCGCGGCGGCCGCGGCGCUGCAGCUGGCGCCGCACGCCGCGCUGGCCGCGCUCGCGCUGCUGCGCCAUCUGCUGCUGCAAUCCAAAGCCGUGAGUUCCCUGCUGGACACGGAGGAGGGCGCGGGCUCCGGGCGCUACCUGCCGCUGCUGGCGGCGCCCGAGCACUGCAACGCGCACGCCGCGCGCGCGCACGAGCUGCCCGCGCUGCGCCGCCACCACCACCCCGCGCUGCGCGCCGCCGCCGCCGCGCUACUCGCCGGCGCCUGGCCGCCGGAACUGGCUAACAAAACCCCAAUGCAAAUCCUGAAAGAGUACGACGGGUCUGAGAUGGCGUUCAAGCCCGCCGUGCCGCCGCCCAAACCCAACCCGCCCAAGAGCAAGCCCUCCAACAACUGGAGCUCGCAGGACUUCAAAGCUUACUGUACUAGUAUUGAAGAUAACGUAGACUUAAGUUUCAGUGACAAUGUCAGA